AUGGACAUUGAGGUGGACAUCCAGGAGGAGGACAUGGAGGGCUCGUGGACCCUGCUGUCGUGGCUGGCCUCCUGUGUGAUGGUAUUUGGAGGGGCCCUGCCCUACGUGCCUCAGUACCAGGAGAUCCAGAGGAGCAGCAACACUGAGGGAUUCUCCACCCGCGUCUGUCUGCUUCUGCUCAUCGCCAACAUCCUACGCAUCUUCUUCUGGUGAGGCCAGGGGAGAGAGGGUUCACUGGGGACAGAUUACAUUGGGUAUAUGCACAGUGUACACAUCCAGUGAAACUGCCAGGAGCUAUGUAAAGCAAACAGUUCAAAAUAAACAGAAGAAACCUACAAAUUAUUGUACAGUAUGCUCACAUGGUGACCUAAUGAAACAAUUCACUUGUGAGCAUACAACAGUGCAGGUUUGUUUUGUUUACUUGAAACAUGGAUAGAGAAGUGGAUAGAGGAAAUGAGAAGCAUUGUCUGCACUGACAUUGUGAUUUGAUUAACCACUGUAAUGUUGUCUACCUACAGGAUAGGGAAGCAGUUUGAACUGACUCUGCUCCUCCAGAGUGUAGUGAUGAUCAUUACCAUGCUGGCUAUGCUCCAUCUCUGCUGCAACAUCCAGCACGCAAACCGCGUCAGCACCAAACAGCACCACUUCACAGGUAACUCAACCAAACCAUAA